AUGGAUUGUGAGAUAACUGGUAAUGUAAAUGUUCCUUCAGCUUACAUUGGCCUCAGAAUUCUCUUGGUUGAUCAUGAUACAACUUCUUUAUCAAAUAUAACAACAAUUCUUGAAGAACAUUCUUUUAAAGUAACUGCAAUCGAACAAGCAACUAUAGCUCUAUCUAUUCUCCGGGAACAGAUCGACCAAUUUGACUUGGUCAUGGUGGAUGUUAACAUGCCUGAAAUGAACUACCUUGAGUUCAUCAAGUCCGCUCAACUCAUCAAAGACAAACCUAUCAUUUUGAUGUCUCCAGAGGUGACGAUAGAAAUGGUAAAAGAAGCAACAACACAAGGGGCAUGCUUAAUUUUUCGAAAAUCGUCCAUUUCAUCAAUGAAACUCAAGGAUGUAUGGAAGCAUGUGAAGAACUACAAUAACAAGGCAAAUGAAAUAUCACAACACUACAAGGCUAAUCAAGUUUAUGUUAUGGACAAUACAUCUUGUCCUAAGAAAGUGCAAGACAGAAAGGGAAAAAGUAUAGCGAAUUGCUCUGAGACUUGUCAAGAUCAAGUAGUAGGUUCUUUAAUAGAAAAGGCCGAGGCAAAAAGGUCUAAGAGAGCGAGAAGUACUAAUGAGGAGGCACAAGUUAAAAGUAGCGGUACUUUAGAAAUAGAGGAAAAUCAUUCUUUGCUUUCGAAAAUAACUACAGAAAGACCACAAAAGAAAAGACGACACUUGCAAUGGACACUAGAUCUUGAUAAGAAAUUAGACGAGGCUGUGCACGAGUUAGGAGAAAAAGCCCAUCCUAAAGAUGUUAUGGAGAGGAUGUGUGUGCCGGACUUGACUAUGGAACAGCUCACCUGCCAUCUAAAGAACUAUCAAUCGCAAACACAACAAGCUUCAAAUGUUCAGCCAGCUACUACAAUGAACUUCAACGAGGAACGUCAUUCCAAUGUGUUGGAUUCAGGGGACUUGUCUGCAAAUUUCAAUGAAUUAUUUCAAGGAGCAGUCAUACAUCAGCCAUCUGAAGUUCCUUUUGUAGCUUCACCGAGUUCAAAUGAUGAUUCCUUAAACAGGUGGGAUGAGUGGUUUAAUGAACUUCUAGAACUUGAUGAUUUCGAGCUGAAAUUAUCAAACUUGAAAUAUUGUAUGUGUCAAAUUGUGGAAGAGCUAAAGCUUCAAAGGCGGCCAAAGAUGGCAGAUUUGUUUCUCGCCAAGCGUGCUCUUGAAUUUCGUGUGGAUUCAUGA